AAUGUUGUUCUCCUUGCAUUCUCUGUUAAAUUCAUCAACUUUUCAGUUCUUGAACUGCAACUCUGAUCAAACAGUAUCUUAACAGCCUCUUCUACCAGAUACACAUAAAAAUUUAGAUUUAUUUCCCUCUUUUCUUCUGAUGAAUCUUUCUUUAUUUGUCUUAUUACAAAAGGGUGUGCACAGAAAUAGAGGGAACUAAAGAUCUUCUUACAGUACAUCCAAGAAUUUUUUGGAAAGUGGUAUCUUGAAGAAGUGGUAAUAAGAGCCCAUGCCAGAUAAAUUUUAUCUGUAAACUUGAAUUAUACACCUCUUGCUUCACCCCUUUACUCAUUUCUUGAAAUAUAAUUCAUACAUAUUUAUUCCCUGCUCUCUCUUUCAUUUCUGGUGAAUAAUGUUCAAGAAUCACUGAUAAUUUUGGUUUUGAGGUAUGGAGAAAGAAAAAGAAGAUGCAUACUCACCUACUGGGGUACUUGAAGAUUACUUGAAGAAUACAGAUUCCGACAGUGUCUCUACGAAAGAAAGCACCUCAGAAAUUAAAGAUCAGCACUUCUCAAAACCCCCUUCUCGGUGGGCUGGUUUUGUGCAACUACUGAAAACAAAGUCAAAGAGACAUAUAGGCACCCUGCAUCCUCUUAAUCUUUCUAAGAGACUUAGCAGUAGCAUGAGGGAAAACGUGGCAGCAAGUCCCCCUGCCGAUUCAGAUUUGAACUACUUUAAGCCUCAUUGGAAGAAUUUUACCUUAUCGCAACUCCAAUCUGCUACCAACAAUUUUUGCCAUGAAAAUCUGAUCGGGAAGGGAGGUUAUGCUGAAGUUUAUAAAGGAUGUUUGCGAGAUGGGCAGCUUGUUGCAAUUAAGAAACUGACUAAAGGAUCCCAGCAGGAUAGGAUAGGAGACUUCCUAGCAGAGCUUGGGAUCAUGGGCCAUGUCAACCAUCCCAACACUGCCAAGUUGAUUGGUUAUGGGGUUGACGGAGGCGUGCACCUUGUUUUGGAGCUCUCUCCUCAUGGUAGUCUGGCAUCAGUACUUCAUGCAACAGGUAGAAGAUUAGAUUGGAGUAUUAGGUAUAAGGUUGCCUUGGGAACAGCUGAAGGUCUUGUAUAUCUUCACGAAGGUGGUCAAAGGAGAAUCAUCCAUAGAGAUAUCAAGGCUGCAAAUAUAUUACUUACAAAGGACUUUGAGCCUCAGAUUUGUGAUUUUGGGCUUGCAAAAUGGCUCCCGGAACACUGGACUCACCACACUGUGUCUACAUUUGAGGGCACAUUUGGCUAUCUUGCUCCUGAGUUCUUGAUGCAUGGCAUAGUAGAUGAGAAAACUGAUGUUUUCGCCUUUGGAGUACUGCUGUUAGAACUUAUUAGUGGACGUCGAGCAUUGGAUUACUCACAACAAAGCCUUGUGAUGUGGGCAAAGCCUUUGCUGAAAAAGAAUGACAUCAGAGAGCUUGUUGAUCCUUCACUUCUUGAUGACUACAACUCCCUGCAGAUGAACCUUAUGGUUUUAUCUGCUUUUCUGUGUGUGCAGCAGUCAUCAAUCAGGCGUCCUCAAAUGAGUCAGAUUCUACAGAUCUUAAGAGGCGAUCACAUGAGCUUGGAAAUGGUUAAAAGGUGUAGAAGGUCGUCACAUUGGAAGAGGUAUUACGAAGAACUUUUUGAUGCAGAGGAUCAUCAUCUCGCAGCAUUCUGGGACUCAAAUGUUUUCAACAAGCCGAAACAGAUGCCUCUGCAUAAAUGGCUAGUUUGAACAUCACCUUUUAUCUUCCUAGCUAUUAAGUAUAUAGUUUAAGCCCCCUGCCAAAAGUCUGAAUCAGUCGACUUUCCGCAAGAGGUGAUAAGAUUAAAGAUCUAGACGAUAUCAAAAGAAUACCAUAUCUAUUUUCGUUGAGAUAAUGUUAUCAAUCAAUAUGUAAAUACUCCUUGAUAGUUCAAAUGAUGUUUUAGUUAAUUACAGGCACAGUCAGGCACUCAAAUACUCAAUGACAAUGAGACCUGAGUUUUCAUU